AUGUACUGUACUGUUCAGGGUGAGUCUAGCCGAAAGCUUGUACAAGGAUCGUAUUGUAUUGUUGAAACCCUUGUACCCAGUCAGGAACUGUACACAGACGGGGAACAGCUAGUUGUACUUUUAGGGUUCAGGACAACAGAUGACAACUGUGUAGCUACUCCAGAAGCAGACGAAGAGAGGAGUGAGGAAGCUAGAAGCUGGAGGGAUUGGACUGGAAUAGGAAACCUAUACACUGGCCUAGCUCGGUUAGAUACCGUACAGGUGAACAAGAUUGAGUUUCUGGAGAGUCAUAUUCCUGAUCAUACGGCAGUCUUUCAUUAUCUUGUUCUUUUAUACCUUCAGGUGGAUUCUGACCUGGGUCGUGUAUCUGUCCUGGAUAGGGUUGCAAGAUUUAGAGUACGUCAGAUGUCUGGUUAUGUAACCCUGUACUCCUGUAUUGGUUCCCAGUCUAAAACCCAGGAUUCACCUCUAAAUAUUGCGCAGUCAAAAUCAAUGGAUUCUCUUCUCAGGAAAGUUGCUGAAGAUAGACAGAGUAUAGAACAAGCUAAAAAGGACUUCUUAGAAAACUAGACCAGUCUACAGUGUAUACAGUGUACAAAUGUACAAGAUUCAGGACUUAAAUCAAGUACCUUAGUACAUGUUUACAGUACAAUGAUCCAACGCUGAAAUCAAGUACAGGAGAUUCAAAACCAUAGAAAAAUAGUCUAUAAACCCGUGGUAUUUGCAGACAUACCAAAAAAAGUUGGAAGAAAUCCCUAUGACGGCAUGACACUUAACCUUAUAGCCAAACUCUCUUGAUGGUUUGAUCUCGACCAGAAGAGAGCAUGCCAAUUUGAGUGAAUGCAUGUACAUUUUCAUGGCACUUGCUAGUUAAUUAAAAUCUGUGACAGCAUCCAAUGUGUAUCACUCCAGCUUCAUUUAUAUCAUUCGUAUAUCAUUCAUAACAUUAAUGAAGUGAAUAUAUGAAAAAAUAACAAAAUUUACAAAAUAUCUUUGGGUUGCUUCGAUAAAAUGAAUUGUAUCGAAUUUGAAGAAUUUAAGCUGGGUCGCUGAACUAUCUACUGCCAGUAUAAAUCUUUAAUCACCGAUUCAAAGCUAAAGAUUAAGGAAGUUAAUUUAAAUCGAUGGCUCAAAUAUGAACCGGCGGUAGACAGUUCAGCCGGGUCUAAAGCUGGCUCAAAUUCUUUAAAUUCAGUCUGAAGACAUUUAUCAGUAAUAAUGUCUUGUUGUGGCCCUAAUUCAAACCAUCGCUUAAAACAUUUUUUUAAAUAGCAAGAAGUGGAAUUUGACAAAAUGUUAUAUUUUGUAUUAAUCAUUUAAAGUGAAGAGUCACAACUAUUUUAAAUCCUUACAUGGUCAUUGCACAAUGCACAAUGCAUUUAUUAUUGAUUAGAACCUGCAACUCAAGACAGAAUUUUGAUUGUUUCAAUGAUGAAAUAAAAAAAGGGAAAUUUUUGUCCAAAAUUUAUGUUUCUUUGUGAUCUUUUUGGUUCAGUUUUAGGGCUAAAAACUUGAGAAAGAGUCCCAUUAACCCUUCUUUUGAAAAAGAAUUUAGUGUUUGCCAUAAACUCUAAUUUUCAAAUGACUAAAUCUUUGCAACCCAAGGUUGUA